AAAAUCCAAUUCGCCGCUGGCGGACCACUUGCCUCGACGACAGCUCUUCCGACGUUGAUCGACCGCCAUGCGUCCCGGGUGCUAAAGUCGACGGGCCAUCAGCGCCAACGCAGAAGCUUCGAUCGAGCUACCAAGGUACACGCUUCGAUCGAGUGGUGGCGCUGGCCAUCGACCUUGGGGACGACGGAGGACACCACCCGCAGGUUUCUUGACCAUGGUCAUGGCCUCGCACGCGCUUCCGUCGUCGCCACGCUCGACUUCCAUCGACCUCAGUCGUGCUCGUCAUCGCGAGUGGAGCUCAGUGUGCACUGGCGCGCACGCCGAAAGCUCGACUGGUCUGCGCCAUUAGCUCUGUCCCGCAGCGCUUGGGCCGGACGACAGCGAAUGUUGGGCGCUGGUUCGCUGGUUGCUUACGUCUACCUCGUCGCACCCAAGUCCAAACCGACCGAGUCGUCGCCGCUCCACGCCAAGGUCAACGCCGCCUCGUAGCUCAAGCGCCUCAGUUUCCGGGCGACGCGUCUUGUCGCAAAGCGCUCAACCUCACCAAGCUCCUAUCAAGAGUAGAUCAAUAAAUUUAUAUACUCGUGGUUGUUGAGAGUG